ACUUCUCUCCCUCUGUUUUCUCUCUCUAACGCUAACUCUUUUUAACAUUUCCUACACAAAACAAGAAUGUGCCAGCUGAACUCGUUUCCUCUAUCCUGCAAAUGCAAUCAGGACUUCCCUUUCCUUGUCUCCAUCAAAGACCAAGAGCCCAACAUGUUCACCCCAUUAUUGAUCCCUAAAAGCCCAACAUGUAAACCACAAAAAGAACGACGACAAGAAACCCAGAUACCAAACCAGACCGACCUCUCCCUUUUUCUCAGAGAAGCAAUAUCCAUAGCCAAUAUAGCUUUCCCCAUGAUGCUAACCGGUCUUUUGCUCUAUCCACGCUCAAUGAUCUCCAUGCUCUUCCUCGGCCGCCUUGGCGAGCUAGCCUUAGCUGGUGGGUCUCUUGCUGUUGGGUUCGCUAAUAUAACUGGUUACUCUAUCCUCUCUGGCCUGGCUGUGGGAAUGGAACCGAUUUGUGGUCAAGCUUUCGGGGCUCAAAAACACCACCUCCUAGGCCAAACUUUGCAGAGAACAAUACUCUUGCUCAUUGUUGCUUCACUGCCUAUUUCUUUUCUUUGGCUAAACAUGAAAAGCAUCCUUCUUUUUUGUGGCCAAGAUGAGUCAAUAGCCACAGAAGCACAGUUAUUUCUUAUUUACUCUAUUCCUGACCUUUUAGCUCAAUCUUUUUUGCAUCCAUUGAGAAUCUAUCUUAGGACUCAAUCAAUAACCUUACCUCUUACAUUUUGCGCCACUCUAGCUAUUAUUCUACACAUUCCUAUCAACUAUUUUCUCGUUACACACCUCAAUUUAGGGACUAAAGGUGUUGCUCUUAGUGGGGUGUGGACUAACUUCAUUCUUGUAGGUUCUUUGAUAAUUUAUAUCCUUGUUUCUGGUGUCCACAAGAAGACAUGGGGAGGGUUUUCGGUGGAGUGUUUCAAAGAGUGGAAAACUCUCUUGAAUUUGGCCAUUCCAAGCUGCAUCUCAGUGUGUCUUGAAUGGUGGUGGUAUGAGAUCAUGAUCUUGCUAUGUGGGCUAUUAGUGAAUCCAAAAGCAACUGUUGCUUCAAUGGGCAUUUUGAUUCAAACCACUGCAUUAAUUUACAUAUUCCCUUCUUCUCUAAGUUUCAGUGUAUCAACAAGGGUUGGUAAUCAGCUAGGUGCUAACCAGCCCAAGAAAGCAAAGUUUGCAGCCAUUGCGGGCCUUUCUUUCAGCUUCAUUUUUGGGUUUUCAGCUCUAAGUUUUGCAGUUAUGGUCAGGAAGGUGUGGGCUAGCAUGUUCACCCAGGACAAAGAGAUCAUAGCCUUAACAUCACUUGUUUUGCCAAUAAUAGGUCUUUGUGAGCUAGGAAAUUGCCCACAAACAACCGGCUGUGGAGUCUUAAGAGGGACAGCCAGACCAAAAGUUGGAGCAAACAUCAACUUGGGAUGUUUCUACCUUGUUGGCAUGCCAGUGGCAGUAUGGUUAGGAUUCUUUACAAGGUUUGAUUUUGAAGGGUUAUGGCUAGGCCUCUUAGCUGCACAAGGGUCCUGUGCGGUGACCAUGUUGUUUGUCUUGGGUAGGACUGAUUGGGAAGUUGAAGCUCAAAGAGCUAAAGAGCUGACAAAUGCUUUGGUUCUUGUUGCCAAUGUUGAUGACAGCCUAGAAGUUGAAGAAAAGAAGCCACCUAAAGCUGAAAUCAAGGAGGAUUCUUUACAGUUAUUUGGUGAUCGUCAAUUAGAUAAUCUUUAUAAACCUUUACCUGUUUAACUCCCAGAAAAAAAAAAUCCCAAUCCUUUUUGUCUUUAGCUUCAUUUGUCCUUGUAAGUUGUAUAGGAGAAGAAGAGAAUGGUACUUGAUUUUGUCCUCUUCAAUUUGAACAGGGCUGGACUAUAUUCUUCGUAGAGUACUGCACCUGUUAAGAUUUAUACAAAAGAAUUAACUAUUUCAGGGUGCAA